GAAUUUACAGGAAUUGAUCUUCUCCUUGUGGAUGAAAAGGGAACUAGGAUCCAAGCUUCUGUAAAAGGAAAAUUACUCUCAGAAUUCCAGAAGGACUUAAAAGAAGGAAAAUGUUGUGUUCUUAUGAACUUUGAAUUAUGCCCAAAUCUUGGAAAGUUUCAGAGUUGUGACCAUCCUUACAAGAUCAAUUUUAUAUUCUACACAUGUUAAACCAAGCGAAGAGAUUCCUAAUCUAGAAGCGUGUUUCAACUUAUGUCCUUUUCAUGAGAUAUUAGCAAGAAGAAAUGAUGAUACUAUAUUCAUUGACAUUAUUGGUGAGAUUGUUGGGAUGAAUGAAGUUAAGAGUCUCACUACUGCUGAAGGUCCAACAAAGUUGCUUAAUCUUCAGCUUAAAGAUCUUGGGGAUUCACUUAUUGAUGUUGCCUUAUGGGGUAAACUUGCAGAAGAUGUCUACUCUAAUAUUAAAUCUCAACCAUCAGGUCCCGUUUUUUCUUCUUGGAAGUUUGAUGAAGACUUUGCUAUAUCAAGGUAAAGGCACAGUUCAAAGCUCAAAAUUUACAACAAAAGCUUAUAUCCAUUCUCCACUACCAGAGAUUCUUCGGUUUCAAGAAGCGUUGUGCAACGAAGAACCAAGAUUAGCUAUUACUGAAAUAAAAUCUUCAAAGUCGGCUCAUAUUUCCAAACAGUCAUUUCACUUAUCUGAAAGAAAAACAAUCAUUGAACUCAUGGAAACUAACCAAGUGAUGACUUGCAAUAUACUUGCAUCAAUUUCUCUGGAGCCAAAAGCUUCUUGGUUUUACAUCGGUUGCACGCUUUGCUUUACAAAAGCAAAACAAUAUUUUAACCCUAAAACUGAAGAAAUAUAAUUAGAUAAGUAUUCUUGUGAGAAAUGCGAUAAACA